CAUCCUGACAAACCUGUGGAUAGUCGACCGGUUGUAAAGUGUGCAAGUUCAAACGGAGCCCCCCCCUCAUGUUCCGACAUUUAAAUCCUCUGUCGAGUGAUACUCCGAAAUAAGAGUAAAAACUGAGCAAAUUUCGAUUUGCAAUGUCAAGGUGUUGAACACAGGAAUAAAUAAAUAUUUGUGAUUUUAUCGCUAUUAAAGAUUUAGCAAUGGACGUCGGGAAGUUUCGCAUUCUCUCUCAUCCCAUUUACACGUGCACAACCAUUCUCAGGAAUAUGCCUGGUAACCUGAAGGACUGUAACCAAAAUUGCCGGCGAAAUAUCAUCAACUCUCACUACCUGCACACCAGUACUCCCCACAUGAAGAAAAUGCCCAACAACCUGAAAAGCAAGAGCUUAAGCUCCCAGAGGUGGCUCACCCGACAGAUUCAAGACCCCUACGUGGAAAAGGCCCGUCAGGAGAAUUAUCGAUGUAGAAGUGCCUUCAAGCUCCUGGAGAUCAACCAGAGGUUCAACAUUCUCACCCCCGGAUUGACAGUCGUCGACUGUGGAGCUGCGCCCGGAAGCUGGACCCAAGUGGCAGUGAAAGCAACGAAUUCCCAUGGUAAGGAUGAAGAACAGAGCAUUGGAAAGGUCUAUGCUAUCGAUAGAAAUUCGAUUCAUCCUGUGGAGGGUGCAAUAAUCUUUGGAAACCUAGAUUUCACGACCGUUAAAGCACAGCAACUGCUCAUGAGCGCGUUAAACGGUGGUAGAGUUGAUGUUGUCAUGUCUGACAUGGCUCCUAAUGCAUCUGGGGUGAGAGACAUUGAUCAUGAAUUGAUAACAGAACUUGCUUACUCUGCACUGAAAUUUGCUGUUCAAGUUUCUUCUCCUGACGCGACGUUUGUUGUGAAAAUGUGGGAUGGGGGUAGGGCUCCUCAAUUUGAGAAAGAUACAGAGAGGUUCUACAAGAGUGUGAAGAUUGUGAAGCCUGGUGCAACGAGAGACGAAUCCACUGAGAAGUUUAUCUUGGCGAGAGGAUUUAAGGGUCUCAAAACGUGACAGUAAAAUACUUAUUGAUGUAUAGGCGUCUAAAAUAAGUUUGUUAUUCGGUGAGACGAGUCAAUUUUGGAUGUGAAUAAUGUUGUAGUAAUAAAGACCAUUACAUGCGGGAUAAAACUUCCCUGUGAACUUUAUUGCAACGAGGUCAUUUAACGAACUCAAAGUGUCAGUGUUAUAGAAUUAUUUACAAGAUGGAGACAGUUGAAAUAAAAUUAUAUUUGAGAAGUGUUUUUUUUUUAAUCAAUAACAUUGUGAAAUCAUGAAGUCAUUUUUGAACAGAUUUCUCUACCCGUGCAUUUAUUUAUUGUCUUUAUGAUUGCAAUCAAAUAAUAAUGAGGAUGUUUAUGAAGGAAUACACUCACAACAGGGC